AUGACACAGCAACAGAAAGACCCAAAGACGGGCAAGCUGUACAACAGAAAUCCUACCGAUGGCUCCGGGUCUCUUCUGGCGUUCUUCAAGUCGACAGACUGGCCAGUUUACCGCAUGCUCACCCAGUUCCGCAUGGCAAAAGGCCUGUUCGACAUCUGCCACCGUGAAAUCCCCGACGAUGGUGACAAGGCCGCUCCCAAGAGGCACUGGAAGCCACACUCAAAAUGGAAGUUCUACCUCUCCGCAUCAUACUGGCUCGCCUACUAUCCAGAAGAUGCUGGAGACCAUCAUCGGCCGACGUCGUUUGCACCACUCCUGCCCAGUCCGAGAGAGUGUCCAUUUACAAGGAGUGGAAGAAGAACACAGCCCGGGCUAUCGCUGUGGACGAGGCCGCCAACAUGCACGACCAAGCCCGAUCUGGACUGCGUCUGGGGCAAUACCCUGCUGCCCUGCCUUCUCAUUGGGGAUGAGAAGCAGCUUGAGCCGGCUGUCAUGACACAACAACAAAAAGACCCAAAGACGGGCAAGCUGAGACAUGCUGGCGAUCACUCCGUAUCUCGUCUGGCAUUCUUCAAGUCGACAGGCUGGCCAGUUUACCAUAUAUUCAGUCAGUUCCAAAUAGCAAAAGGCCUGUUCGACAUCUGCCACCAGGUUCCCAGAGCUGUCCCCGCCCCUUUCCCGUUCCCGUUCCCGUUCCCGUCCCCGGCUGGCCAGCUGGCCCCCAUCUUCGUCCACUGCCAGGGCACGGUGUGCUACAAGGCUCGGAGGAGCUCAUAUAAAAUCAACUAUGGCCAGGCGGAGAUCGCCCUGAACUUUUUGGUCAGUUUCGUCAAUGAAACCAAGACCGACCCUUCCCAGAUCGGCUUGAUCAGCCCAUACAAAGCAACGAGCGUGCUGAUCGAGCGUCUGCGCAAGAAGAAGCCCGAGUAUCUCCCCCUUGCGGCAAUGGCACCGACUGCGGCCGUCGACUCAUACAAGGGUCGUGAAAACAGCAUCAUCGUCGCGGUGAUGUGUACCACGGCAGGCAAAGGACCUGGCUUCACGACAAAUAAACACCGACUGAACGUAUUGCUGUCCCGUCACAAGAGCGGUAUCGUUAUUUUCGGAGACAUUGACGUCGUGGAACCACUGAGCGUCAACGCCAACCUUGUUAAGGAGGGCAGAGUGGCUACGGUAGUUUGGGAGAAAAGGAAUGCAUCACAGGAACUGAUUGCCAGUGAACUUUUAGGUGUAGCCCAAGAUACCACUGAUGCCAGGUAUUAG